AUGGCAGACCCUUCCUACUCGCGGCUGCUCACCAGCUGCCAGCAGUUCAUCACCGACUUCUUCCAGCGGCGGCCGUUCCUCGCCACCUCGGCCGUGGGCCUCAGCCUCGCCGCCGUCGCGCACGUCGUCCGCUCCUACCGCGGCUUCCUGGCCCUCGGCCCCGGCGGUCUGCCCUACAACUUCCUGGGCUGGGCGAUCCAGGCCGCCGCGCAGCCGAUCGCGCGGCGCGACACCCGCGAGUCGCGGCCGUUUGCCGACCCCCGCGUCUUCGCCCGCUACGCGCCGCACGGCCGCACAAGCUUCCUAGAUGGCGAGGUGUCGGCGCGCCGCGGCGAGCGCCCAGACGUGCCGUCGUACGUCGCGCCUCAGAGACAGAUGACGGAGCAUGCCGACGCCUCGCGGAUCAAGGCGAUGAAGGCCGAGCUGGCCGGCAGCGUCGGGCAGCACGCGGAGCUGCUCGCGCUCGCGCCGUCGGGGCUUGAAGGGCCGAAGCAUCAGGCCCUGUGGAUUGGCGAGGCGGCCGGCAAGCCGGCGUAUCUUGCGAGGUCGACAAAGGGCGAGUUCGCCCACGUCCACCCAGAUGGGAGCUCGCACCUGAUCCUGAGCCUCGCCGAUGCCGAGACGGCAACAGCGAAGGGUUGGGUUGAAAGGCAUAUGCUCAGUGGCGUCACCCUCCCCCUCAGCUAUGUCCUCGUCUAUGCCCCGCGAGACGAAGAAGAAUUCCAAGUCUGGAAAAAGCUGCUGGCUGCCUCGAUUGCGUUUAACACUGCAUCGUCCAAGGCUGCAUAA